CGCCAUAUAUCAACUUCCGUCAAAGAACAGCUCGUCUACAUGUCUCGCAACAUGAAACCCAAGGAGAUUGUGAAGUGUACUGGCAUUGGGAAGACAUGCAUCUAUCGGACACUUGGCCUGUGGAAACGGACUAGUCACGUCUCUCGCAAGCCCGUUCGCAUAGGCUGUCCAAGAGUUUUGAAUGGUAUUGACCUUGCGUAUCUCGAAAGUGUAAUCGAGAGAACACCCGAUGCGUCGCUGCCGGAACUGAAGUCUCUACUACACCAAGCACGACGUGUCUCUGUCUCUGAGGCGACGAUCAGUCGAGUAUUGCGAAGGAGGGGUUUUACUCGAAAAAGGGUGCGU